GAAGCCGGCCCUGGCGUCAGGAGGCCGGGCGCGCGGCGCGGGGCGCGAGUUCCCCUGCCCGCCUGUGCGCCCCGCAACGGGCCUUUCCUGGGCCCUAACGACAGCUCGCCCGUGCUUCGCCCUCGCAGCUCUCCUGUGUCCCCAAAAUGCGUUUCCCGCGUCCCCCGCCCUUCAGCGGUGACUGCCCAGGGGACUCUGUAACGCGACACUCAGACUGCCGAGCCUGCCAGGCACUUCGGGGAGGGCGCUAGGGGCCGGGACGCGGCCGCCAAGCGUAGGUUCUGGCCUUUACUCCGAGUUGCGCACGGAGCCCCAGCUGCGGUUGUCCGCUCUGGGGAUCACAGGCCGCGGAGACCCGGGAGCUACCCGCCGGGCCCCUUCAGACGACCCGCUUCCGCAAACCGGCCGUGGGACUCCGGCGCCGGGCGGACGAAGCGGCUCCGGGAAGACUCGGUCUUCCGCCCCCCUGCCUGAGGUCGCCGGGGCGGGGCUUCAGUGACAGGCCCGCGCGCUACCGCGGAAACAGGAAGUUGGCUGGGUGCGCGCCGGCUCCGGCUGCAGUUCCCGGGUCCCUCGGCCACCGAAGCCACCCAGCCCUGGUGAAAGGGCUCCCGCACCGCCCGAUGCUCCCCAUCUGCCUGGCGUUGUGCGCAGAGCUGGAAAGCAUGGCUGUUAUAAAUGAAUUCUGAUUUUGGGGAGCAGAUGCCAACUUAGAGCCUCGUACCAAUCUCUCUGUCUUUAAAAGAUGAGGUGACUUGGUGAUUUUCCUGGAAAAUUAUAGAAUAUUAACGAAACUUUAUCAUCUUGGUGAGAAAAGCAUUCUAAUAGCUUUAUUCUGACAUAUGGAGGUAUGGAGAGCUUGAAGGAGUCAGAGAGGUGCCCAGCUAAGACCUGAAUGCCAUCACCCUCCCCAGGGCUCUGCAGUUUUCUCGUGGUGAACCCUUGAUGGAUUUGUUGUUGCUUGAGAAAUGGCGAUGAUCGAAUUGGGGUUUGGAAGACAGAAUUUUCAUCCAUUAAAGAGGAAGAGUUCAUUGCUGUUGAAACUCAUAGCUGUUGUCUUUGCUGUGCUUCUAUUUUGUGAAUUUUUAAUCUAUUACUUAGCGAUCUUUCAGUGUAAUUGGCCUGAAGUGAAAACCACAGCCUCUGAUGGUGAACAGGCCACACGUGAGCCUGUGCUCAAAGCCAUGUUUUUGGCUGACACCCAUUUGCUUGGGGAAUUCCUAGGCCACUGGCUGGACAAAUUACGAAGGGAAUGGCAGAUGGAGAGAGCCUUCCAGACAGCUCUGUGGUUGCUGCAGCCGGAAGUCGUCUUCAUCCUGGGGGAUAUCUUUGAUGAAGGGAAGUGGAGCACCCCUGAGGCCUGGGCGGAUGAUGUGGAGCGGUUUCAGAAAAUGUUCAGACACCCAAGUCAUGUACAGCUGAAGGUAGUUGCUGGAAACCAUGACAUUGGCUUCCAUUAUGAGAUGAACACAUACAAAGUAGAACGCUUUGAGAAAGUGUUCAGCUCUGAAAGACUGUUUUCUUGGAAAGGCAUUAACUUUGUGAUGGUCAACAGCGUGGCGCUGAACGGGGAUGGCUGUGGCAUCUGCUCUGAAACAGAAGCAGAGCUCAUUGAAGUUUCUCACAGACUGAACUGCUCCCGAGAGCAGGCACGUGGCUCCAGCCGGUGUGGACCUGGGCCUCUGCUGCCCACGUCUGCCCCUGUCCUCCUGCAGCAUUAUCCUCUGUAUCGGAGAAGUGAUGCUAACUGUUCUGGGGAAGACGCUGCUCCUCCAGAGGAAAGGGACAUCCCAUUUAAGGAGAACUAUGACGUGCUUUCACGGGAGGCAUCACAAAAGCUGCUGUGGUGGCUCCAGCCGCGCCUGGUUCUCAGUGGCCACACGCACAGCGCCUGCGAGGUGCACCACGGGGGCCGAGUCCCCGAGCUCAGCGUCCCAUCUUUCAGUUGGAGGAACAGAAACAACCCCAGUUUCAUCAUGGGUAGCAUCACGCCCACAGACUACACCCUCUCCAAGUGCUACCUCCCGCGUGAGGAUGUGGUUUUGAUCAUCUACUGUGGAGUGGUGGGCUUCCUUGUGGUCCUCACACUCACUCACUUUGGGCUUCUAGCCUCACCUUUUCUUUCUGGUUUGAACUUGCUCGGAAAGCGUAAGACAAGAUGAAGAGCAGGCGCCAUUAUAAAUAUCAAAGCCCAAGAAAUGGAACUUUGGGCAGAGAUCAUGUUAGAAUCAAGUGGAUGAUGAGACCAAUUACAGGCCGUCUCUCUGCACAGCACAGAAAUUCUCAAUCACUGAAAUGAGUAACUAACUGCAAAAUAAAUAGUUGAUUGUACUGUUCUCAUGCUAUAAAAGUGGACAGGUACUCUACAACAAAUCUGUUUUCUCAUUUUUAUCAAAUAUAUGUAUCAUCAAAGGUUGCAUCUGUACAGUAUGUAAAUGCUAUUAAUGUCGUCACUCACAUGCACGACAGUCCUUGUUCCCCCAGGAAGGGCCUGGUGGCCCCAGCACACACUUGGGAUUAUGUGUAUACAUAAAUAUUGGGCUGUUUCCCUCUUCCUGUGAAGUGGUUCUCAAAUUCCUAUGUACUGUAAAGCUGUACCCUUAAAAGUACAGAUGUGGCCGGGCCCAGUGGCUCACACCUGUAAUCCCAGCACUUUGGGAGGCUGAGGCGGGUGGAUCACUUGAGGUCAGGAGUUCAAGACCAGCCUGGCCAACAUGGUGAAACCUCGUCUCCGCUAGAAAUACAAAAAUUAGCCAAGCAUGGUAGCAAGUGCCUAUAAUCCCAGCUACUUGGGAGGCUGAGGCAGGAGAAUCCCUUGAACCCGGGAGGCGGAGGUUGCAGUGAGCCAAGAUCAUGCCACUGCACUCUAGCCUGGGCAACAGAGUGAGACUCCGUCUCAAAAAAUAUAUUAAAAAAAAAAAGUACAGAUGUGAUGUGCAGAACAUAUUGUUUUCGUAGAUUUUUAUACUUGAUCAAUUAAUGGAAUCAGAUUUUUAGAUAAGUGUAAUUUUCUCUAUAGGAGACCAAGUUGCUACAUCUAUUAAUGCCUGUCAGUGAUCAAAAGAGACUUAAAAAGUGGAAUGGGAUAUGGCUUUUGGUACCUGAAAAUAAAUGCUUUAAUAAUUGUAAGCCAGAUAAAA